AUGUUAAUUAUAUUGACUGAAACACAAAAAGAAGUCCUUAAAAAAUUUGGUAGCGGAAAAUUAUGUAUUGAUUCAACGCAUGGUACUAAUCAAUAUAAUUUCAAUCUUACCACAAUUGUAGUAAUUGAUGAAUUUGGUGAAGGAUAUCCGGCAGCUUUUUGUAUAAGUACAAAAAUAGACGAAAGGCAUAUGACCUUUUUUUUUUUCAAAAAUAAAGGAGGAUAUUGGUUGCCUUGCACCAAAUGUGUUUAUGAGCGUUGA